AUGGUCGGAUCUCCAGCUGUGCCUGAGAUCUUCGAAGACGAAAUCCACUCCGUGGUCGAUGCGCGCACAGAAUCACUGGCAGCACUACGCGAACUCGGCCCUCCCGACCUAGUCCACCUCAUAAAACAGCCCAUCAAGUCGACCGCAAAGCAGGUAGGAGUAUAUCACCAUGUCACUGGAGUCGACGCAUCGUCCUCGGCGAGCCUGGCAGCCUACAUCAACACCCUGACACACACGCCGCAUGACAAGACGACCAAGAUAGUGUCGGGGCUAUAUUGCUGCUACAAUGCCUUCUCACGCCUCGACAUGCGUGUACAAGUCCAGAUACCCGGCACAGUGGAGAGCUACUGCAUAGACGAGCGAGGGGACAAGCGCGUGGCGUCAGACGCGCUAUGGCUGGAGACAUACCUGUGCAGCGUGCUUCGCGCGUACUCCUACGCAGACGACGGGUCCGGCGACAUAAUAAAGAAAAUCGUAGGCGUCAGGAGGUUCAACCCGGUCACGAGCACGGAGGCGGAGCAUAAAUUUCUAGACGCCGCCGAACGCCUUUUCUUCAAUGGUUGGCAGUUGGGUUCUGAUCCGGAGAUACAAGUUCCAAACCUCGUCUCAAAUCACCUCACAACCGGCCUGCUCCAGUAUAUCCGCACUACCGGUCGAUACGCAUCAGGCAUCAACCUCUUCGAGAAGCUGCGGACGCGGGAUCCUGAGAUAUCCUCCCUGCUAGCGCGAGUCUACCUGUCCGCAGACGAGGAAGUAAAAGCCGUGCAACUACUCCACGAGGCGAUCGACGAGCUACCCAUGGACUACUCCCUCCUCGACUGCCAAGCGGACUUCUGCAACCACAAAGGGCGCGGCGAUCUCGCGCUCGAAAUUGCAAAACGCAGCGUAGUCUCCGCGCCCAGCGAGUUCGGGACCUGGGCACGCCUAGCGGAGAUUUACGUCGGUCUCGAACAGUGGGACCUAGCCCUCCUAACCCUAAACUCCUGCCCUAUGUUCACCUACCAAGACAAAGAUGCGCCCCGAACCCCCGAGCCCCUCCGUAUCUCCCUCCCCAUAAUGUCCGAGUCACAAUGCGACGAAAUCGACGACACGAGCGCCGCGGGCGAGACCGAGCUCGUGCACCCGACGCUGCGCAAACUGCACGCCGCGGGCUUCAAGGGUACGUUCCUGAAGGCGUACAUGCUGCUCACCGAGAUCACGAAGAAGAUCGGCUGGGACCAGCUCCUGCGCAUCCGCAGCCAGGUGUUUGUCAUGGAGGAAGAGUACCGGCAUGAGAAGCAAGCCGUGUCGCAUCAGCCGCAACAGCAACCACACAGCCGCAACGCGAGCACCACCGCGCUGGCGCCCUCGCCCCGAGCAAACGGGCAUGGCGAGCCGGGCGAGGCGCCCACCGCCGACGGGGACGAGAGCAAGUCACCUACCGCGCAGGCCCUCGAAGCCGGCCAAUCGCUCUCCAAACCCGGCCACACCGUCGCGUCGGAGGAAGUGAAAGCCGGGUCCUCCUCUCCCCCAGAAGAGCCUGCACAGCACCCCUCGGGUCCCGACUCCUCUCCAACAGACACCGCGAACUCGACAUACACCCAGUUCCAGAACAAACGCCUCUGCGAGCGCUGGCUCGACAACCUCUUCAUGGUCCUCUACGAAGACCUGCGCGUCUACACCAUCUGGCGGACGGAACUAGCACAGUAUCGGCAGCAGCAGCUCCUCUACCGCAAGAGCGCCGAGGAGUGGGAGAUUCUGGGGGAGCUGGCGGAGCGGCUGCAUCACCAAGAGGAGGCGGUGGAGGCGUACCAGGCGUGUCUGAGCAUCAGAUUUAGUCCCAAGGCGAUGAAGGGCGUGCUGGGGAUGCUGGAACGUAGGGGGGAGGUGAGGGAGAUCCUGGGGGCGUUGAUUCGGUUGGUUACGUGGCAGUAUCGGUGGUAUUCUGAGUUCUCUCCCGCGCUACUGUACACGAUCCGCAAACUCAUCGAGGAGGAAGGCGCGGUUAAGGUCAGGAGCAUCAUCCAGGGCACCAGCUUGCCGCAGCAUGUGCUCGAUUUGACGCAUCAGUACGCGGCGCUCUGUGCUGCGUUCAGGAGUAGUGGGAGCGACGGAUGA